CUACUUCUUUGGUUUUGUUUUUUGGUCAGGAAUUGACUGUGUCAUCUUCCCAGAGUCUGGCAAUGCCUGUGGAUUUCAGUGGAACCUGGAACCUUAUCAGCAAUGACAACUUUGAAGGUUAUAUGGUGGCUUUAGGUAUUGACUUUGCAACACGCAAGAUAGCAAAAAUGCUGAAGCCUCAGAAAGUGAUCAAACAAGAUGGUGAUUCAUUUUAUAUCCAUACCACUAGCACAUUCAGAGAUUAUUCCCUUCAGUUCAAAGUUGGAGAAGAGUUUGAAGAGGAUAACAAGGGCCUGGAUAAUAGAAAAUGCAAGAGCUUAGUUACUUGGGAAAAUGACAAACUUGUCUGUGUCCAGACUGGUGAGAAGAAGAACAGGGGCUGGACUCACUGGCUUGAAGGAGAUGACCUCCACCUGGAGCUUCGUUGUGAGAAUCAAGUAUGUAAACAGGUCUUCAAGAGAGCUUGAGUAUGUGUGCUGGUUUGUACCUGGAGAGACAGCAACACCCAGGAGAUGAUGCAUCCUCAUGUCCAGUGAUGGCUGUUUGGACAAGAUCUGAUUCCCUGUAUCUGUUAGCCUGAAUGUUCUGAAGUUUCUGGCUCAGGAAAUAAGUCUGCUGUUGCCAGUGUUAAAGGUCUGAUUUUUGCUAAUAAAUGCC